UAGACCCACGUAAGAAAAACAUCACUCUCUUCAGGGACUAUUACUACAGUUUCUUCUCCACCAUCAUCAAAAGGCCUGCAAAAUUUUCUCUUCCAUGAUCACUUAUUUCCAAAAUUCCCACUUUCACACUUACACCCACUUUCUCUCUCUUUAUGUUUUCUCUGCUUUCAUGACCUUCAAUUAAGGAGGUGUUAUCAUCUCUUAAAAAAAUCUUUGAAUGAUCUGAUGGAGAGUGGCUAUGGAAACUUAAUUUCCAAGAUCAACCAGCUGAAGGAAGAAAUUCAAGCAGACAGAGCAUUGCAAAUUAAGGAGAAACUAGAAAGGACUAAGAAGAAAGUGCAGAGUCAAAUUCAUGGGAUCCUGUCAGCAAAAAUCGUAGAACCUUCAUGUGAAGUUCCUCGAUUAGGGAUUGAAAGCGCUCUCUGCAUAUUGAAUGGGUUUCUUCCUGAUUCAGAAGACCAAGACUUUGGUAAUAUCCAUGAAGUCAUUUUUGCAGAAAGCCCCGAACUGCCUAAAAUUCAAAGGAUACCCACGUAUACAACAUGGAUUUUUUUUGAUAGUAGAAAUCAGAGAAUGGCGGAAGAUCAGUCCGUGGUUGGAAGGAGACGCAUUUACUACGAUCAGUCUGGCAACGAAGCACUGAUAUGUAGUGAUAGUGAGGAUGAUAUUGCAGAAAUUGAGGAAGAUAAGCGUGAUUUUUCUGAAGGUGAAGAUCGUAUUCUGUGGAUGGCUUUUCAGGAGUAUGGACUAGAUGAUGAUGUUGCUGAUAUAGUCAGCCAUUUCAUUGGAGGCACUGCUGUGGAAAUCCAGGAGAGAUACAAUGAACUGAAGCUGAAGUCCGAGGUGUCACAAGAACAAGGUUCAUCUGACAAGAACAUGUUUCUGGAGAAGACACUUAGCGCUGCGUUAGAUUCUUUGGACAAUCUCUUUUGUCGCCGAUGUUUGGUUUUUGACUGUCGUUUACAUGGCUGCUCUCAGAAUCUUGUUUACCCUAGUGAAAAACCGCCAAGCUUGUCUGUACCUGAACGCAGAAAACCUUGUGGUGACCAGUGUUACCUCCUGGUUCGCCAAAGCACUCAAGGAUUUGUGGAAAGCUUAGACACACGUUCAAUACAUCAGGUGAACCUUGAUUUGUUAGAAGGGGAGAACAAGGACUCAAAAGUCUUGAGUAUUGAAGAGAAUGUAAGCAGUGAUGAUGUUAGUAUAGGCUGUAGUUUGGAAUCUGCUACUGGGGAAGAUUAUUUUGGGUCUGCUUCAACUGUUGUUGCUAUACCUCGGGAUACAAAUGUGGCAAAGCGCAAGAUCGCUGAUGACAAUGACAGAGAGUUAGAAGAUUCUCUUGAUAAGAAGAUGAGGAAAAUUCAAGCUAUAGAUUCGUCAACUGCAGCUGGUGAAAGUGUAUCUUCCAAAAUCAGGAAAUUGAGCAUUGAGGCUGGCCAAUCCUUAGAUUAUCAACUCACAUGCAAACUCCCUAUCGAGGGGAACACAACAAGCAUUUCAAAUGAUAUUAGUUCUCAGAAAACUUCAAGUUCCCAGGCCAAUGACGCUGUCAGAGGUGAAGUCAAUGACAUUAAUAGAAGGCUUCAAUUGAAGCAGCCAGAUAUAUCUUUCGGAGGACAAAGGAAAAAAUUGUCUGGUAGCUGUGAGUGGAAGCCCCUGGAGAAAGAUCUAUAUGUGAAAGGAUUAGAGAUAUUUGGCAGAAACAGUUGCCUGAUUGCCAGAAAUCUGCUAUCUGGUUUGAAGACUUGCAGUGAGGUGUCCAAUUACAUGCGUAAUAGUAGGGCUUUGAGGACUCUCAGAAUGGGUUUUAUACGUUCUUCAGAAGACAAUGCUAGAGCUGAUUCAGAUAAUAUGGAGCAGGAGCUUCUAGUGAGAUCAAGGUCAAAAUUAUUUCGUAAAAGGGGAAGAACACGAAGACUGAAAUAUUCUUCAAAGUCCAACGGUCAUCCAUCAAGCUGGAAAAGAAUUGGUGAUGGAGAUCACUCAUGCAAACAGUAUACUCCGUGUGCAUGCGAAUUCAUGUGUGGAAAAGACUGCUCCUGUCUUAAGAACGGAACCUGUUGUGAGAAGUACUGUGGGUGUUCAAAGAGCUGUAAAAAUAGAUUUCGAGGAUGCCACUGUGCAAAGAGUCAGUGUAGAAGCCGACAAUGCCCAUGUUUUGCUGCUAAUCGUGAAUGUGACCCUGAUGUUUGUCGCAAUUGCUGGGUUAGUUGUGGUGGGGGUUCUUUAGGUGAACCGCUAAAGAGAGGCGAUGGACAAUGUGGAAAUAUGAGGCUACUUUUGAGACAACAACAAAGGAUUCUUUUGGGAAGGUCAGAUAUUGCUGGUUGGGGAGCUUUUAUCAAGAAUGCUGUGAAUAAACAUGAUUACCUUGGAGAAUAUACAGGUGAAUUGGUAUCACACCGCGAAGCUGAUAAACGCGGGAAAAUUUAUGACAGAGCAAAUUCAUCAUUUCUUUUUGACUUGAAUGAUCAGUAUGUUCUUGAUGCGUGCCGUCAAGGAGACAAACUGAAGUUUGCGAAUCACUCAUCAAAACCCAACUGCUAUUGCAAGGUAAUGCUGGUGGCAGGAGACCAUCGGGUUGGCAUUUUCGCCAAGGAGCGAAUCGAGGCCAAAGAGGAGCUCUUUUAUGACUACCGUUAUGGUCCUGAUCAAGCACCUGCAUGGGCCCGAAGACCUGAGGCCUCUAAGAAGGAUGAAUUCCUGCCAUCUCAAGGUCGCCCAAGGAAACAUCAAUCUCGAUAAGCUGGUAUGUCAGCCAUGUAUGUGUUUACACAAAAAUUUCACAAAAUCAUGGACACUGGCUGUUCUCUGAAGCUCUCGUCAGCCAACACGUGUGUGUGGUGUACGCACUUUCAAUCUUUGGAGUAGGCAGAUCAUAAUUAUAAGCGCGUCCUAGUUCCCUGUACAGCAGGAAGAAUUCUUGUAUACCAUCCAUGGGAAAGUCCUUAAUAGAUAAAUACAUGAGGAAUAAUCAAGUUUUUACAGCUUAAGCAAUAAUAGGGUAAUGCCCGGUUGAUCCCAUCGAAGAACAUGGGGAUCAUAUGAUAUCAAGUGGCAUUUUUGUAUUAAAUAUGAAAAUAAUAUUCCACUGGAUUGAGUAAAUACAUGGAUAAAUAAUCGUAAGUGUUGAAUAUACAAUCGAAGUUAAAGUAUACUUUCGAAUUUUAAUAUAAUUUUGUUUCGUUUAAUAUAUCGAAUUAUA